AUGACAUCUGAUGACCCAGUCUCUCACGCAGAGUUCUAUUUCUACGAAUUUAUCUCCACGCGGUUUUAUACUUUCGCUGUAACCGCAAAGAGCUCUGGGAAGGAGAAUGAUGAUGGACAGUCAUGUGAUAGGUCACCUGAUGAUUUCGUCUGGCGUUCUGCUCUGUUACAAUCCAUGGCAGGCUUUAUAUAUCGUCGAAUAUAUCUUGACACAACACGUAAAGUCCACCCUAUUUUCCGUUCAAUGACAACCGAGGGCAAGGAACCGACAGAUGACAGCACCCAACCAAAGGCAUUAGUUCCCGCUGUUGCGCAGUAUGGACCUUGUAAUUGUUAUGGUUUGAAACCUGGGGACACAAAACAUUGGUGCGUCUGUGGUUUGAGUAAAAAACAACCUUGGUGCGAUGGAUCACAUAAAGGAACUGGUUUCAGACCUCUCAAAUGGACUGUACCAAAGAAGCAGCAAACUCUGUACCAGCUUUGUGCAUGUAAACACACCAAGGUACCGCCAUACUGUGAUGCAACACACACUAACUUACCUAGUACUGUGAUAGCAAGAUACAAAGGCUGUACACAACACCAUGGUAGCUGUAAUAAACUAUGUACACAGUGCGGCUGGGUACCAGAGUUCUAAAUAUUGUGUUUUAUGAUGAUUCAUUCUUAGCUAUAAUGAGGGUGUACAAUGUGUACAGUGGAAUUCAGAUUAUCUUCACUGGAAACUGUAACCAGAUAUAUAGAUAGUCUUGGAUUUCAAACCAUGAUGCAUUGGGGCAACAAACGCUAUAAAAUGUUAUACAACAAAAUAUAUGUUUGUCAAUUAUUGCCUUGAUAGCAUAGAAACAUGUGUGGAUUGGGACUUGCAUGAAAAUAAAAUUGACUUUUAUAAUGUUGUCAAAUGAAUUGGGGGAAUAAUUGCAAUACCAGGAUAGUUAUGUAGAAAUUAAUUUUAAUAAAUAUUACCACCUUAAUACAUUGAUCCCAUCAGAAAUUAUUAUAACAAUUAUUAUAGUUGUUGAAUAUGUAUUUUGUAGCAAUAAGUGUUGUGUUGUAUUCCAAUCUUUGCCAGCAGUAGAUGUUUGAACCAACAUGGGUCAAUGUUAUUUCAACAAAUAUUUAUAAGCCAACUGUUUUCAUUCUGCUAAGUGCUCACUUUAAGAGAUCUGUCCUGACUAAAUGUUAUCAGCUAUUUACUGUUUUGUAAAAAAAUUAUUACAAUUACUAGUUAUUAUUUUUAGUUAGCUGUUGUAAUAAACUUAAUCAAUGGAACAGAAAUUCAGUCUCUGUACAGUCUUAUAGUGUAUCACUCCUAUUUUGUAAUGCUCAUGGCUCUGUUGAUUUCAGCGUAAAAUACAAAACAUUCAACACUGGAAAGUAUCUUUUACUGUCAACAACAUGUUGGAUUAUUAAUAAUGAUUUGGUAAUGCAUGUAAAUAUGAGGCAAUCAUAAAAGAUAUCAAGAUAAGCAAUGUAUGAGAUUAUUAUAAGAACACUGUAAAGAUUACAUGUAGUCAGUAUGGUAAGCUUCAAUGCAAUCCUGAUUUGCCUGACUGCAUACUUUGGGAUAACCUUAUAAGAUUAUUGUUAGAAAUGUAUGCUUUUAGUCAGUAGCCUGAAAUGCUGGCAAAAAGUGAAAAUUUACAAAAAUUAUGCCUGUGCCUGUGAUUGUAUGUACAUCAUGCAUUGUUGAUGUCUCUGAUGUAAACAAAGAAAAGUGUAAAGACGUGAUGUAAAUAUGACUCAUAAUAAGUAGACAUCUGUAAUGUAUUCAUACAUAUGAACAGUCAAAUUCUUUUUUUUGCUGCCAGAUUUAUAAUAACAAGCCAUGCAUGGCACAGUCCCAGUUAGUUAUCAAAUUUAUGAUAUAUAAUUUUGUUUAUAGUAAUAUAGUUUGAACAUAAACAUAUCAGAAGUAUGGAUCCAGAAAAUGAUGCUUCAUUAUAAUGAUUUUUUAACAUUAAAGGCCCAGUAGCUGUAAUGAAAACGUCUCUAACGGCGUUCUAAAUAACUAUCUUGGGUUGAAAACUUGUUGCAUUUAUCUUUGAAAUUGCUUAUCUCCUAUUAUAAUAAAAUUUACAUCGAUCUCUGUGCGGAUACGAAUGCGGAGAAAAUGCUCACGACCGAACUCAACGCCAUAUUUCUAGGUGGUCUGACUGCAGUUCGGCGUCUUCUACACCGAUCUGACGCAUAUCGCGCUAGGUGUGCCGGGAGUUUGUUCGAAAUUUCGAACGUUUCGAAGUCAAUUGUCGAUUGCCACGUAUUUUACGGAUAUAUUAAAUCGUUUCAGAGACCUGUUUACUAAAUAAUGAUAAAUGAAACUUAGAAAGCUUGUAAGAACAAACUGGGCCCAAAUCGCGCAAAUUGCACUGGUUCGGAUAGAGUUCUACGCGUGAUUUUAUUGCGCUCAAGGACGUUCUAUUUUCGAACUAGUUGAAACCGGAAAUAACGCAACUACUUUCGAACUUCAAACACAAAUUUGAUUAUCGUUAUUAUGUGUUAGUUUCUGUUGUUUCAAAGAUUGAAUUAUGUAUGACAAUAAUAUUUCACUCUAUAAACAAUAUUUCACUAAGAUAUGUGAUUCAAAGGCAACCCAAAUUGUAAAAAGCAAUAUCAAGUUCCGCGUAUAAACACUGUUGUAAAGAGGCGGCGGAGCGGAAUUUUAGCCAAAAUCGUUUAGUAAGGCGUCAUAUGACACAGGUUUGAGCUGGGACAGCGCUUCCGGUGACGACAUAACGGUAAGGCGUCAUAUGACACAGGUUUGAGCUGGGACAGCGCUUCCGGUGACGACAUAACGGUAAGGCGUCAUAUGACACAGGUUUGUGCUGGGACAGCGCUUCCAGUGACGACACA